UAAAACAAAACCAAACAAAAAAAUACAUGGAUUACGUUUUGGUUUUGUUGCCAAUCGUAUUGUUUCUAUUAGCUUACAAAUUCUUAUUCUCAACCAAAACCAAGCGUUACAAUCUCCCACCAGGACCAACUCCCUUUCCCAUCGUCGGCAAUCUCCACCUCGUGAAACCGCCGGUCCACCGUCUCUUCCGCAACUUUGCGGCAAAAUAUGGCGAAAUCUUCUCCCUACGUUACGGCUCUCGCCAAGUCGUCGUGAUAUCUUCUUUGCAUCUCGUCAGAGAAUGCUUCACCGGUCAGAGCGACGUCAUUUUAACAAACCGGCCGCAUUUUCUGACCGCCAAAUACGUCGCCUACGACUAUACCACGAUCGGAACCGCCGCUUACGGCGACCAUUGGCGUAAUCUCCGCCGUAUUUGCUCUCUUGAGAUCCUUUCCUCUCACCGUCUCACCGGACUCCUCUCCGUUCGUAGAGACGAGAUCCAACGGUUGCUCACGAGACUCUCGCGUGACUAUAAUGGCCAUGUCGUUGAGCUUGAGCCUCUUCUUGCAGAUUUAACUUUCAAUAAUAUUGUCCGUAUGGUCACAGGAAGACGCUACUACGGAGACCAGGUUCACAACGAGGAAGAGGCGAAUCUAUUCAAGAAAUUAGUGACAGAGAUCAACGACAAUAGUGGUGCGAGCCAUCCAGGAGAUUAUCUACCGAUUCUCAAAGUUUUUGGCCACGGCUACGAGAAGAAAGUGAAAGCACUUGGCGAAGCCAUGGACACUUUCUUGCAGCGGCUACUCGAUGAUUGCCGAAGAGAUGGGGAAAGCAACACAAUGCUUAGUCAUUUGUUGUCUUUACAACAAGACCAACCCAUGUACUACAGUGACGUCAUCAUCAAAGGCCUCAUGCUCAGUAUGAUGCUUGCGGGGACGGAUACUGCAGCCGUGACGCUAGAAUGGGCCAUGGCGAAUUUGUUAAACAACCCUGAAGUGUUGAAGAAGGCAAAGGCCGAGAUAGACGUUAAGAUCGGACAAGAACGUUUAGUCGACGAGCCGGACAUUGUGAAUCUCCCUUAUCUCCAAAACAUAGUCUCCGAGACUUUUAGGCUGUGUCCUGCCGCACCACUCCUUGUCCCGCGUUCUCCUUCUGAAGAUCUCAAGAUUGGUGGAUACGACGUGCCACGUGGCUCUAUCGUAAUAGUGAACUCUUGGGCCAUACAUAGAGACCCGAAGCUCUGGGAUGAGCCCGAGAAGUUCAUGCCCGAGCGGUUCGAAGACAAAGAAGCGGCGAACACUAAUAAGCUGAUGAUGUUUGGGAAUGGACGAAGGACGUGUCCGGGUGCGGCUUUGGGACAAAGGAUGGUGUCGUUGGCUUUAGGAUCGUUGAUUCAAUGCUUUGACUGGGAAAAAGUCAACGGUGAGAAGAUUGAUAUGACCGAGAAUUCUGGAAUGGCUAUGCGUAAGCUCGUGCCGUUACGAGCCGUUUGUUAUCAGCGUCCCAUUAUGGCUAGUCUCUUUGCUUAAAGUUACAAUAUAUUAAGUUACUUGGUUCACCCUUUAAAAGUAAGCGCUUCAAGUGUCAUUUUCGGGUUUCUUUUUAAUAAGUUUGGUAUGAUUGUUUUAAGGAUUAAAUAAUACUUAGAAAAUGUAAGAUUCGAUGGAUGUUAUGAUGUUAAUACUAAGAUUCGA